UCCUUCCCGUAACGUGUCAUAAACAGAGGAAGUCCGUAUGGUGGCUGUAAAUGUGAAUAAAAACCUGCUAAAUUCAUUUAAAAUGGAGCCGUAAAUUAUCGGAGGUGCUUUCGUUUUGACGAGUUAAAGAAAAAAUGGAGAAUAUUCAAAACCUUCCCAUCGACAUCCAGACCAGCAAGCUUUUAGACUGGCUGCUGGAUCGACGUCACUGUAAUUUGAAAUGGCAGAGCGCCGUGAAAGUUAUCAGAGAGAAGAUCAACGCCGCCAUCCAGGACAUGCCAGAGAACGAGGAGAUCAAGCAGCUUCUCUCCGGCUCCUACAUUCACUACUUUCACUGCUUGAGGAUCGUGGAGAUUCUGAAGGGAACGGAGGCGUCCUCCAAGAACAUCUUUGGCAGAUAUUCUUCUCAGAGGAUGAAGGACUGGCAAGAGAUUGUGUCCCUUUAUGAGGCAGAUAAUGUUUAUUUGGCGGAGGUGGCCAGCCUGCUGAGUCGCAGUGUGAGCUAUGAGGGGCCGGCUCUGAGGAAGCAGCUGGCCAAAGCCCAGCAGCUGCAGCAGGAGCUGAGCAGGCGGGAAGUGGAGUGUCAGAGCUCAGCUGCGGACCUGAGGGAGCGCUACUACGCCGCCUGCAAACAGUACGGCAUCACAGGAGAAAAUGUGCCUCGAGAGCUUCAGGCUCUGGUCAAAGAUUUACCGAUGGUUCUCGAGGAAGUCGGGAAGGAUGCAGCGAAGUUAGAAGAGCAAAUUCAACUUUAUACUGCGUUCACAAACUUUGUAUCUGAGUGGUCUGAACCAGUCCUGCCCAUGCUGACAUUCGCUCUGAAGCGAGGAAACGCAACGUUUUACGAGUGGCAAACAGGGAACGUCCCCACGGUUAUUGAGAGGCCCGCUGUGGAGGAAGCUCCUUCUGAGACACUCACAGAGGAUGCGAUUGACUGGGGCGACUUUGGCAAAAGUGCAGACACUCAGGGCGUCACCUCUGGCAUCGCACUUGAGGAAGGAAUAGACUGGGGCAUCAGUCUGGAGCCGAGCGCUGAGGACACUGGUGGUAUUGACUGGGGUGACAGUGAAGCAGCUCCAUUCGAAAUUGAAAUUUUAGACGCCGGCGCAGACUGUCCUGAAGGCGUGGCGAGGGGCGAGGAUGCUUUGAGUAUUUUGGAAAACCCUCAGUCCCGCAGCCAGUUCAUCGAUGAGUUAAUGGAGCUGGAAGUGUUCCUAACUCAGCGCAUAAGUGAGAUGGGAGAGGAGGGAGACGUGGUCGCUAUGAGCCAGUUCCAGCUGGCCCCCUCUGUCAUCCAGGGCCAAACCCGGGAGCAUGUCCGCGAGAUGCUGUCAGAGGUUCAGGACCUGCUGGGCCGCCUCACCUCUCUCCGGAUGCAGCACCUGUUUAUGAUCCAGGCUUCGCCGCGGUAUGUUGAGCGAGUGUCGGAGGUGCUGAGACAGAAGCUGAAGCAGGCGGACACUCUGCUGGUGAAGGCAGCCAUGAUGGUUGAGAGAAGGCAGGAGGCCCUGGAGGAGCAGUCCAGACUGGAGCCUCGUGUUGACCUGCUGGCAGGACGCACCCGGGAACUCCAGAAAAUGAUUGAAGCCGACAUUUCAAAGCGAUACCAGAGCAGGCCUGUCAACCUGAUGGGUGUUAACAUAUAGCGAACAUCGCAGACUCACUUUAAAUAUUAUUAUGUCAAGAUCUACAUGGAAAAAUAAAACUGGUAUUUAAUUUUA